AUGGCUGGGAGUGCAGGCAGCGGCAAGGGAACAGCCUUUGUGGCCGGGAAUGCAGGCAAUGACUGGGGAACAACCUCCAUGACCGUGAGUGCAGGCAGUGCCAGGGGAAUGCCCUCCGUGGCCAUGAGUGCAGGCAGCGACUUGAGAGCAGGAGCCCUUCUCCUCCUCCAUUUCCAGACAGCCGGGAACACUGCUGUGGGAACAGCCUCCAUGGCUGAGGACGCUGGCAGUGGGACCAUCGAGGCUUCAGGCGCUGGCUCUGGGAUGGUCGAGGCUUCGGGCACUGGCACUGGGACAAACAAGGCUUCAGGUGCUGGCUCUGGCACGAAGAAUGCUUCAAGCGCUUCUCUGGGACAGUUGAGGCUUCAGGAACUGUCUCCCUCCCUGCUUGCCGCCUGGCAUGCCCGUGUGUCAAAGGUGGCUUCAGCAGAACAGACUGUGGGAACAGACGGUCAGCCUCCCUCGUCCCCUAUUCCCUAA